AUGAAACUCUCAGCCGCAUUCGCUCUCCUCCUCGACCUGCGACUCGCUAUCGGGGCGGCCUUGGUGCCCACCCUGACCACGAUCUUCAGGGCCCCUUCCCUGCUCUGGCAUCCGCACCAGGUGUCGCGCAUCUUUAUGGCGCAUGUCUGGAAGUUGUUUGGGAACGGUGUCGACGAGGGCGGACGUCCCGUCAAGCAGGCCCUUAUUCCUGAGAACGCACACGGCGUCGUGCUCGACAUCGGGGCAGGUCAUGGACAUACGAUCAUGUACUUGGACCCGUCGAAGGUCACCAAGUACGUCGCACUAGAGCCAAACGAGCUCAUGCACGACGAGCUCCGCACGCUCGCCGCGACCAAGGGGUUCACCGAAGCCGCUGGAAACCUCCUGCUUCUUCCCUACGGUGCCGAGGAGACUGGCCUCAUCACCUCCGCGCUCGGCGGCGCACGCUCAGUCGACACUCUGGUCUUUAUUCUCACCAUCUGCUCAAUCCAGGAGCCCGAGCGCACUCUCACGGGGCUCGUACGCGACGUGCUAAAGCCGGGAGGCUCGCUUCUGUUCUAUGAACAUGUCCUCAGCCCCCGCGCGGACGUCGCGUGGUGGCAGCGGUUUUGGACGCCGCUGUGGAAGCGCGCGUUUGACGGGUGUUGUCUCGACCGGCCGACGCAUGUGUGGGUCGAGAAGAUGGACGCAUGGAAGGAGGGGAGCGUGUGGGGGAAGGAAGGGGAGGAGGAGGAGCAUUUGUUCAACUGGCACCGCGUUGGCCAUUUCGUGAAGAAGACGGAUUAG